AUGAUGCAUCUUCAAGUCUUCAUUUCAGGCCUCAUACUGCUUCUCCCAGAUGCUAUAGAAUCUUUCGCAGAAGUGCAUGGAGUGGUGGGUCGCCCUGUGACACUGCCAUGUACUUAUCCUGUAUCUCAUGGAAUCUCACCCACAUGUUGGGGCCAAGGGGCUUGUUUUUUUGGUAAAUGUAAAGAUGUUGUUAUUCUGACCAAUGGAUACUAUGUCUACUAUAAGAGGAACAAUCGUUACCACCUACCAGGGAAGAUUCUUCAAGGAAAUGUGUCUUUGACAAUACAGAAAGUCAGGGAGAGUGACAGUGGUCUCUACUGCUGCCGAGUGGAAAUGAAGGGAUGGGAAGGUGUACACAGACUGACCAUCUCACUGAAAGUUCAACCAGGAAGUGAUCCAACACCGAACCCACCAAAGAUCAUGAUUAAAGGCAUAUAUAUUGGAUUCUCAGUUGUGUUGCUGCUUCUACUUGUUGUGAGCAUAAUGACCAUUACAAAGUGCAUCCUCACGAAAAAGAAGCCAGGAUCUCUAAGUCUGGUGGCUGCCACGUUCUGCGGUUGUGAUGCCUGUACUGCUCUUAAGUCUUCCUAUGAAUGUGUAACAGAUGUCUGCAGUCAAGAACAUGGUACUACUGUGUUCUGUGAAACCAAAUGCAAUGGGAAACAGAGCAUAUGCAUGAAUAAGACCACCCUGGGCUCUGAUCCUAACACUGAGUAG